GGCAUUAGUGGAGUGGGAGUCUCCCAUGUGCAUGUGUUCCGGUCAUAUGUCUCCAGCUUGUCUGCCUAGAGGUACCCUAAUGUAAACUUUUGUUGGAAGAAAAAGUUUUUGGAGCUAAUGUUAUAAAGAAAAGUGAGGUUUUGUUAUUUUAAUUGUAUUCGAUUACUGCUGCAACACUAGAUUGAUAGUUAAAUCAGAAAGCAUGUCCAUGCUUGCGGAGCGUCGGCAAAAGCAAAAGUGGACCCUCAAUCCACGGGGGAAGUGGUGGACCGAAGACACCAACAAAUUUGGCCAGAGAAUGUUGGAGAAGAUGGGUUGGACAAAAGGAAAGGGACUUGGCAUUAACGAACAAGGCAUUACAGAAUUUUCUAAUACAUCAUACAAGAAUGAUACAACUGGUAUAGGAUAUGACAAAAGUUUUGAGGCAUGGACUGAACAUCAAGAGAAAUUUGGAGGCUUUUUGCAGCAACUUAAUGGAAAUCAAAAUCAAGAUGCUCUUGAAGAGUCAGUAGACACGGAUGCUAAUUUCAAUGAACAGUCUAUUGAACUAAAAUCUAAACAAAGUCAUGCUCGUGUACAUUACAAGAAGUUUACACGCGGCAAAGAUGUAAAUAGAUAUAAAUCAAAAGAUUUGGCAAAUAUAUUUGGCCAAAAAGAAUUAAUUGACAAAACUCAAGUCAUGAUAGAAAAAAAUAAUAUCCCGGAAAAAGAAGCUGACAACAGAGACAAUUGGUAUGGAGUCAACACAAUUAAUGGAGGUAAUAUGGUUGAUUACUUCAAACUUAAGUUAAAUAGUAAUGAUAUGACUGAUUACUUGAAAUAUAAUGUAAAACCAAAAACCGAUACGAACUUAUCAAGUAUAACUGAUCGAACAACUGAUUCUGAAAGUGAAAAUAAUCAACACAUUGGUUUCGAAUUUACACUAAAAACAGAAGAUACAUCAGUGUCUAAUUAUGGAGCGUCAAAAAACUCUGAUGAUAAGAGCAAUUAUGCUUUUGAUAAUCCUUGCUUGGGAUUGAAUAGUUCUUUAAAAACUGCUUGUAAUACCAAUGACUCUUCUGCAAAGUCUAUAAAGAAAAGAAAGAAGGAUUUUGAAGGUGAUAAUUUGCAUAUCAUUGAAAUAGAUAAAAAUAAUGCUAGAAAAAAAUUAAAAACUGAAACUAUUGAUAGUGAUUAUAAAAAUGGUUUUACUAACCCAGCUCUUAAUCUAGACACAAAGUCUGAGGAGGAUUGCAAUGGCAAGAAAUUUGAAGUAUUCAGAGCACAGCUUGGCCUUGAAAAUUGUGGUUUAGAUCUGACUGACGAAAGAAACAACAAGAAACGCGUAACAUUUAAUGAUCAUGUCAUGUUGUACAAAUAUAAUGUAAAUUCUACUAAGAAGAAAAAGAAAGGAGAAGCCACAUUGGAUAAAUUUGAAGUUGAAAAUAAGAAGAAUAAAAAGAAACGAAAACACGAGAGCAUUGCGACUUCUACAAUAAACGGAAUUGUUAACGAAGCGUUAGACAUACUAGUAUUACCCGAAGAAAUUAAUGAUAAUGAGUUGAACGAACACAAGAAUAAAAAAAUUAAGAAGAGGAGAAUAAGUAAAACGUCUAAUCUGGAAACGAUACAAGAGUCACCAGAAAAGGAAAUUGAGAUUAUUAUAGAAUCAGGAAAUACUUUAGAUUCUAAUAUUAUUGAAAAUGGGGAAAUGGACAAUGCGGAACAAAAAUCGAAGAAAAAAAAGAAGAAAGAUAAAAAAGAGAAAAGAGGCAAAGUUGAAGAUAUUACAGUACUUCGUACCAUAAACGAAAAACCAGAUAUUGAAAUUAUAGAAGUAAUUAGCAAUAAAAAGAUCCCAAAAACUAAAGACAGUAAAGAAGAAGGAACGGUACUAUCUAAUAAAUGUAAAAAGAAAAAGAAAAAAGAUAAGGAAAAUUGCAAGAAUGAAAAACAUAUUCAAACUGAAAUAAAUAAUGAUCAACAAGAUAUUAAGAUAUCGGAUAAAUCAAACUCAAAACAACAAAAUGAUUAUUUAAUCGAGAGUGAAAAUAAGGCUGCAGUAAUAAUUGAAACAUUGCAGUGCACAGUUCCUGUGACUGAAGAAGAAGAAUCGUUAGAAAAAACUAAACAAAAGAAGAAAAAAAGAAAACACGUCAACAAAGAAGAAUGUUCGAGUGAAAUUAAUAUAUGUAAUAUAGAGAGAGAAAUCUCUGAUAAGGAAAACGCUGACAAAGAACAAACUUCAAAUACCAAAAAAUUAGCAAAAAAGGAUAAAAAAAGCAAGAAAUUAAAAGAUAAGAAUGUAUCGGACGUAGAAGAUUCUUCCAAUCUUAACGAAGAAGUUGUAGACCUAAAUGUUACAAAACUGGACAAGAUAGAAAAUACGGAGUUUACUGAUACACCUUCAAAAAAGGGAAAAAUUAUUGAUGUUAUCGACAAUAUAAUCAAUAGUCCAUGGAGUGUAAAAGCAAGGAUGCCAAAGAAAAUGUUAAUAACACUUUUCCAUAACAAUGCAAUAUUAGAGUUCCCAGGUUCGAAUAUUCACAAUAUAAAGGGAUAUGGUACAGAUGUUGAAAGCGAGCAAUAAUAUGUGGAAUAAUUUUGGUAAUGUAACAUUUUUUGUAACAAACGGUAAAUAGUCUCUGGCUUGAGAAGAAUUUUAUACUUAUAAUUAUACAAAAAUAUAAAGUAACUAACAGCUCAAUAAAAUUAAAAAUUCAAUACGUCAAAGAAUCAAAAAACUAUCAUGAGCCAACGCUGGAUGUUACAUGCAGAAAUAAUAUACAGUCGUCAUAAAUAAUAAAAAUUAACAAUAAAUUUUACAGACCUUUCGACCUUUAAUUUGAUCAUUGUCAAUGAUAAUACAGAUUAAAAUCUAUAUCAUCACCAUGUCGUAAACAAAAUCCGUUGAUGUAUACAUUGAAAGUGAUUUAUCCUCUUCUAAACUCUCCAUAUUAUUAUAAGCAUAUUACAACCAUGGUGAAAGAAUACAAAUAAAACAACGCGCAUAACGACAAUUCAGAGCAAUUAGCCAGCAAAUCCAAUUCUGUCAUAGAUUCAAUUCUGUCCAAUCUAAUUGUGUUCAAUUACUUUUUGCAUUCUUAGAACAAAUUCUAAUUGGUUAUAACCAAAUUGGCUAUUGUGCAUCUCUUAAAUUGUUCACCUAUUUUCUUCCACUACAAUUACAAUAAGACAAUUACAUUUCCAAUAUAAUUGCGCAGAAUAUGUAUAGAUGCGAUAACCUGGGUACCAAUCCAUGUACUCUCAGACAUUUGCAAGUUGUCCAAAAAUAUAUUGCAUCCUCAAAUUCAACAAAUUUGCAACAAUUAAUUUUAACAGUUACAGUUAGUAAAUUAACCACUCAUUGAUUCGCAAGGAGAAUGGUUACAAGAAUUGUUCAAUUAAUUUUUAAUUUUGAACUGUUUUAUAAAUCGUUUGUUACAAAUUAAAAUUGUUGCGAAUUUGUUGGAUUGAGGAUGUAAUACAUUUUAGACACAUAAUUUGCAAAUGCCGAGAGUACACGGUUUUGCAUCCAGGCUGUCCUCGCAUCUACAUAUUCCAAUUGUAAUGGAAAUGUAAUUGUCUUAUCGUAAUAUACUUAUAAUAAUUUGGAGAGUUUGAAGGAAGACAAUCACUUCCAAUGUACAUAUCAACGACUUUUUAUGUUUAUGA